CCCCCCCCCCCCACUAUCGUAACCGUGUUGCGCCUCGGUGUUCGCCGCCUCCUAGAGACGCGUGGUGGUUUGCUUCGUCAAUGCACCCAUGGCACCGAGAGCCGUGCCAACUUUGACUGCAAUUCAGACUACAAUUGGGGGAGUGCAUUGCGGAUGGCGAUCUGGGAGGUGUGAAGGAUUUGAGAUGAGGGAAGACGAUGGCAUGCUGACAUGGGUACAGGUUUUUCAAGCUCAGUGGUACACAGAUUGAAUUUUGUUAAGUUCCUUCAUUCCUGGAGCGUAAGACGGAGCUCAAGGUCUCUUUGCUGUGCGCUGAACCCGAGUCUCCACAUUCACCGAAUUGGAGGCAAAGGAACGGCAGAAUCGGAGAAAAGCUUGCAUCUUAAGCUUCACAUCAAUGUCGAAGGAUGUUUAAGUAUUUACCUACAGUGGGUUGUUUCUAAGUUAUAUGCGGAGUUGUUGUGAAAAUAUUUGAGUGGGUUCCCGCAAAAAUGAAAUUCCAAAUGAAAAUGAAGAGCGAGCUUUGUCGGACUUAUAAGUAUUGGCUUAUAUUGUUAGUAUUGUGGCUCUCUGGUGUUACUCAAAGAGAGACUGGGGUUCUCAUUGUUGAUGCCGAUUGCAUUCCUCCCAAUGGAUGUAAAGCCCUAGCAUAUUAUAGACUGAAACAAGGUGAUGAUCUUGAGAAAUUGCAAGGGCGGUUCCAGACAAACAAUUCUGAAGUGCUGGCCUAUAAUCCUCAACUUGUGGACGCCAAUUCAAUCCAAGCUGGGACGAAUAUUUAUCUUCCCUUUGACUGCUUGUGUUUGAAUGGCGAACUCGUUCACCGAUUUUCUUACACGGUCACAACUAACGAUACUGCGGAGAAGGUUGUGGAUGUCACCUACCAGAAGCUGACGACGGUAGGGGCUGUCAGAUCUGCCUCGAAUUCGGGCGACCUCAGCUCUAUUUAUUCAGGCCAAAGUCUUACUAUUCCUGUGAGAUGCUAUUGUGGUGAUCCGAAUGUGGACCCUAAAUAUGGUCUCUUUAGCACAUAUGUGGUGCAAGCCGACGACCAGCUUACUAGUCUUUCAACAAAUUUUAGUGUGGACGCGGAUGUCAUAUCAAAAUUCAAUUCUGACACUAGAAAUCUCUCGCCCGAUUCGAUUAUUUUUAUACCAUCGAAAGCUGCGAAUGGAUCGUUUCCCCCUUUUUCUGGCUCCAGUGGUGGUGGCUCAAGCAGAUCAAAUGUUGGCAUCAUUGUGGGGGUUGUAGUUGGAGGGAUUGUACUUGCCGUUUUGUUAUUGUUUGCAUUAAUAUUUGGAUUCAAACAUUUCCGUAGACGGAAGUUAGCAAAGGAACCUACGAUGCAGCAGUCAGGUCUACUAUCCUCUUCAAGUAUGGCAGGAAGUAAGCCUUCAAGGUCUGGUUCAACCAUGCUGCCAGUUCCCAAGUCAGUUGAGUUCACGUAUGAAGAGUUAGCUGCAGCCACUGAUAAUUUCAGCUUGGCUAAGAAGAUUGGUCAAGGCGGGUUUGCCUCUGUUUACUAUGGUGUCAUCCGUGAUCAGAAGCUAGCCAUCAAGAAGAUGACCUUGCAAUGCACCAAGGAGUUCCUGGCAGAGUUGCAAGUUCUAACCAAUGUUCAUCAUACAAAUUUGGUACAACUAAUUGGUUAUUGUACCACAAAUAGUUUAUUCCUUGUGUACGAGUACAUUGAGAAUGGAACUCUUGAUCAUCAUCUUCGUCGCAGAAAAUCUGAUGAUAAGCCGCCACUUUCAUGGUUACAAAGAGUUCAGAUAUGUCUAGAUUCGGCUCGUGGUUUGGAAUACAUUCAUGAGCACACCAAACCAACAUAUAUACACCGUGAUAUCAAGUCGGCCAAUAUCCUCCUAGAUGAUAAUUUCCGUGCCAAGGUGGCAGAUUUUGGUUUGGCCAAGCUGGCAGAGGAGGGAACUGGUACUGGUAUUGUUGGCACGUUCGGCUACAUGCCACCGGAAUACGCACUUUAUGGCGAAGUGUCCCCGAAGUUGGAUGUGUAUGCGUUUGGAGUCGUUUUGUUUGAGAUUAUCUCUGGGAGAGUAGCUAUAUCGUCUGCACUUCCGUCAGAAAAUGACCAGCAAUCUCCAGCUCAAAAUCGAGAAAGCAGAACGCUCACAUCUUUCUUUGAGCCAGUACUCAACGAUCCAGAUGGCAAAACAUUGCUCCCCAAAUGUAUUGACCCUGCUCUCAACGGCGAGUAUUCAUUAGACGCUGUUUGGAAGAUGGCACAACUGGCGAGACGGUGUACUCAUCAAUCGCCUGACAUGAGGCCAACCAUGAGGUUUGCUGUAGUGCAAUUGAUGACAUUAGCAUCGGUUACACAAGAGUGGGAUGUUGGUUAUUUCAGCCGAGCUAGUAGCCAGUCACAGCCGCCAUCGGGUAAUGACCAAUUAUAAUUUAAUGUUUUGAAGUUUCUUUGGAAGCGGGGUAUGUAUACUUGAGGUGAAAGUAUCUUUAGCAAAUACAGACUGUUUCGCUAUCAUCGUCGUCAAUCAUACCUUUCAGUCUGUCUGUAAUCUUAAUAUCAAACAUCUUUUCGAGAUUUGGAACACUUCAUUGCA